UUGAUGCUGACUACCUGUUCGCCCUGAAGCUGAAUGAGGCCUUGAAUGGAUGCGCUGAACCCCCCAGCGUGGAGAACGAAAAUCACAUUAGGAGUGGAAGCCAUGCAAGGAGUGCACACAGGAACGAAGAUGCAGAGGACGAUGUUAGGAAGCCGGACAACUCUUAUGUAGAAUGCCUCCUUGGGGAUAAUAACUACAUGCCGUUUUGUGUAAAUUACAACGUAGGGAGUGACAAUAUGAAUCAGAACCCACUAUCCCCCAGUGGAAGGAAUAGGAGGAGUGGCCAUUACGUAGACCAUGACGAAGGAGGUCAUAUGUACGGGCCGUACAACCUUCGUAGCAGGAACAACCGAGUCAAUGCCUUCCAUAGUAGUAACCAAAGCAGCGGUAACAGUGAUAGGCGCUACGCACCCCAUUUUAACAGCUCACAUGAACCGAUUAAUAUUUCUUUGAGCUCAGAUGAUGAGGAAGGAGAAGAUGAAGUAAAAAAUCCAGCAGGAAAAAAUUACGUAUCGCAGGACGAUGGGCUAAGAAGCAGUAGCGAGGUUUUCUACGUUCAUGAUGGAAAUUUAUCUUUGACGCCAAGACAGAGUAAUCCAAGUGGGCAAAGCAAUUUGGGUAGACCAUUUUCCACCUCAGGGGAAGACUCAAAGGAUGAAGUAACCAUCGUUGAGGGGUUGAAACAGGAGCGUUUUUCCGACAAGGGGGUCUACCAUCCUGAAGAAGGGAACCCUGAUGUGUGUAUUCAGGCACGUAAAGGAAAAGGAGGAGAAAUACACAGGAUAAUGGGAAGUGCAAAUAAUUUUGCUUUUCAAUCUGUAGGGGCACAAGGUGGUGAAGGUCCACGAGGAGGACAUUAUACGAACUGUGGAGCAGGUCUUCAAGGAUCCAAAUGCACAAUGCAGAAGUCCGUCCGUGAUCUGUGCGACGUUUAUAAUGACCACUUUGGUUUCACCAGUAGGGGGGCAUUUAGUCCUGUCCGAAGUGCAGCCACAGAGGUGGGACACCCACUCAGGGAAGGAGGGUACUACCCCAGCGGGAAUAACACAGUUAGGAGAAACUGCGUGGAUGAGUCUCUGCGUGAUGAUUACUCACGGGAGGAAAGGUACUAUGUGCACUACGAACCGAUGAUUCUAAGUAGAAAGGAAAAGGAGAAAAAUAAAUCGACGUUUGGAGGUGUAUGCGAUGUGGAUGCAUACGGUGAGAGGGUAGACAACGGGCCAGUGUUCCUCUCUAGGGGGAAGAACCGUAACGGGGGAGGAGAAGGAGAAGGAGAAGGAGAAGAAGAAAGAGAUAGAGAUAGAGAAAGAGGCAGAGAAAGAGGUACAGAAAGAGGCAGAGAUAGAAUAAAAAUUGCUGAUGGGGAAUACUACAAGGCACACGUGCAGGACAGUAAUGAUGUCAUCCCCUUGGAAGGAAAAGACCUGAUUGGUGGUGCCCCUUCGUCAUAUAAGGCGAGGGCGAAGAAGAGCAGAAGGGAAGUGAAGGACAUCACCCAGGUGCAGAGCAUCCAUAGCGAUGAAGGGUUGUCUCGUCAGAUGGCCCCGCUGGAUGGUGCACCUAAGAUGGUCCAGCUAGAUGGUGCACCUAAGAUGGUCCAGCUAGACGAUGCACCUAAGAUGGCCCCGCUGGAUGGCGCACCUAAGAUGGCCUACACUCUGAGGUCGUCCAGAAAACACCCCACGAAUGAAAAAAUUGAAGACCCAUACUGCUGCAAAGGGGAGAGUUACGAGGCACAAAAUGGACGUGGUCUCGAGGGUGCCCCUGAGGAGGGCUUUGUUCUCUUCAAAACAGGUUUGGAAAGGAGGAGCGGGCCACAUGAGGGGAGCGAUCCACAUGAGGGGAACAACCCCACCAUGGGUGCAUGUAACAAUGGAUGGUACCCAAAGAGCGGCAGGACGUAUGCUGACAUGGGUCGGAACAUCACGCAAGGUGAGUCUUCCCAAUUUAAUAUGCUCCAUUUUGAGAAGGGAAACAAUCCUGUGGAGCGAAGUGUAAACGAUUAUGUUGUGAGGAAUGCUUUGUUGGACAUGGAUGACAGCGCACAGGUAUUCGCAGAAAUGGCUAGCAGGUGUGCACCUGUUGAGAAAAGUGGUCGUCUCCCCUUUGAGUCACUGCACCAUGGGGAGGUCCCCUCAGUUGGGGCAAUCGCAGCGGAGGGGGGUCUCCACUCCAGAACGAAGGAACAACACCCCGAACUGUUUAGCGGCAACCACUUUAAGACAAGUGGGAGGGCCUUCACACGGAACCGUCUCGAGGAUGAUAUGAAUAUGGAGGGUUCAGUCAAGGAGAUCCCCGUAGGUUGCGUAAUUAUGU